UUUCUACGACGGCACCAGCCGAAGCACUUCCGCCUCGUUACCUGAUUCUUGCCAGGGCAAGGGAUGACACGUGAUCUUCGGCUAGUAGAUCUAUCUCGGGAGUUUAGGGUAUCUCUUAGCGCAUUUAUUGCCAAGGUCUUGGACCAACCUGCCAUCACUCUCCUGCUUACCACCACAUCUGGAUCUACAUAAGUGGCUAACGAAUCCGUCGUGGGUAGAGGCUUGCUGUAGUUCUAAACCUGCAGGAGACACUCAGAAAUGACUCAUUGGUUUCAUCGAAACCCUUUAAAGGCUACAGCUCCUGUCUCAUUCAAUUACUAUGGGGUAGCCACCACUCCAGCUGCAACAAAGAUUUGCAAUGAUCUAAGAUUAUCACGAAGCCGACUCUUGGAGCUUUUUACAGAUCUUAGUUGUAAUCCAGAUAUGAUGAAAAAUGCAACUGAUUCCUAUUUUUCACUCUUGAAAGGCUUUAUAGUUUCAUUGGAUGACUCUUCACAGGACAGCAAGCUGAGAUAUAUUCAGAAUUUUAAGUGGACAGACACCUUGCAAGGACAAGUACCAAGUGCCCAACAAGAUGCUGUGUUUGAAUUAAUUUCCAUGGGAUUUAAUGUGGCUUUGUGGUACACUAAAUAUGCAUCGAGGUUGGCAGGGAAAGAAGACAUAACUGAAGAUGAAGCAAAAGAUGUCCACAGGAGUAUGAAAAUAGCAGCUGGGAUUUUCAAACACUUAAAGGAAAGCCACAUCCCUAAGCUGAUCACUCCUGUAGAAAAGGGAAGAGAUUUAGAAGCUCGACUGAUAGAUUCCUACGUUAUCCAGUGCCAAGCUGAAGCACAAGAAGUGACUAUUGCCCGAGCUAUUGAACUGAAACACAAUCCUGGUCUAAUAGCUGCUCUGGCCUAUGAAACAGCUAAUUUCUAUCAAAGAGCAGAUCAAAUGUUAUCCAGUCUGGACCCAGCAUAUACAACCAAGUGGCGAAAAUACCUUCAACUGAAGUCAUGUUUCUAUAUGGCCUAUGCCUACUGCUACCAUGGUCAAACUCUCCUGGCCGGUGAUAAAUGUGGAGAAGCUAUUAGGUCUUUGCAAGAAUCAGAAAAAUUUUUUGCCAAGGCUGAAGCUUUGUGCAAAGAAUAUGGUGAAACCAAAGGUCCUGGCACUACAGCUAAGCCUUCUGGCCACCUCUUCUUUCGGAAACUGGGAACUCUGGUGAAAAAUACCUUAGAAAAAUGCCAGCGAGAGAAUGGAUUCAUUUACUUCCAGAAGAUUCCCCCAGAGGCUCCUCAGCUGGAGCUGAAGGCAAACUAUGGUCUGGUUGAGCCAAUUGCUUUUGAGUUCCCUGCUUUGCAUGCACACUGGACUUCAGAAGCCCUUUCUGCGUUCGAUCUCACCAAAAGGCCAAAGGAGGACAGUGCUAAACCAAAACCAGAGGAGGAAGUGAAACCUGUGAAAGAACCAGAUAUAAAACCUCAAAAAGACACUGGGUGCCAGAUCUCUUAAAUGCUUUGAAAUAGCCCUUGUGAGCUGCAUUUUGUGAACUCUGGGUUUUUUAUCAUCUACCUUGUUUUCUGGACUUUCUCAUCCUACAAAGGAAUUCACUGCUUUUCGAGUUUUUAUAGAUACAUUUCUUUUAAGCUCUCUUUCAGAAGAAUUAAGCGAUUAAAAUUGGAAUUGUCAUCAAUGUACCCUUCUCAGCAUAGAAAGUGUUUGUUUAGAUGAAUUUGCACUGGAAUGUGGAAUAAAUGAUGGCGAAUACAAGAGAUGAAACAGAAGCAGGUGAGUCUUGGGAGAGGCAGUAUUUUGCGAAGGAGGCAGACUGAACAGGAGGAAAUUUUGUAGAAGCUUUAAGGUGGCGUGGGAAAGAUUCAUGUUAAGUAUUUGAUAUUUGUGCCAACUGCUGUUAUCAGAAAUGGGGUAAAAUCAAUUUAAAAGGUUAUUGUAAGUGUAGAGAAAGGAUGAAGGAGAAACAAAAUUGUGGAGUUAUGGGAGUUGCAACGAGAUAAGACUAAUAUAAUGGAAAAGCAGAAUCAAAAUGUGUCAUGGAAGAUGGGGAUGGUGUUUGUGGACUAGAGUGGCUGUACUGAUUCCAUUCAGAGACCUGGGCUGCGUCUAGGCACAUCAAAAAAGUGUUUCAGUUAAAUGAGUUGUAAAUUUAAACAGGGAAAACAUGUAGAGAAAAAUGAGACUCCACAGCGCCAUCUGGUGGCACAAUGUUAUUUCGCAUAUACAACUCAUAUAAAUCGCCUUUUCGUUACCAAUCUAACUAAGUCCCUGGUUGUGGAUAACCAGCAGAUUUCAAAGAUCUAGAAUGGUGACCUGAAAAACAAAGAAAUGUUGACUCUUGAGAGCCAAGGCAAAAUAAUGUUGCUGUAUGUGAGCUAUUUGGAUUAUGCUAUGGGAAACUAGCAGAAUCUGGUUUG